AUGCUACUGUGUUCGUUUCUACUUCUCCUACUCCCGGCAUUUGCGUACAUCCCAAAGAAGACGGCUCCUCAGAAGGUGGAGCGGAAGAUGUACCGUGCCCAGAUCCCGGUCGACGAUUUGGCUGGUUGCCCAUUUUGCAACCUUGAGCGCUGCGGCUCAAUGGGCUUUUGCUACGUGGAGAAGCAUCGGUUGGAGGGCGUCGAGACC